AUGUGGGUCGUUAGAGUUCUAAACACGGGUAAGCCUUCGACAAUGUUGAAAUAUUAUGUUUUUUCUCCAUCGAAGAGCACAUUCAGUGACACUGUUUCACCACCUGCUAGCGAAACUUUCGGGGUCCUUUCACCGAUUCUGCGGGGACUUCGCAAACGCCGCUACACGUGGGGAUCGAUCGUUCAGUCGACUGAAAUGCCAUUUUCUUUGUUGUUUUUCUCACAGAUGUGCACUGUUUGCUGGUAUUAGUAGCGGUAGUGGUGUGCGUUUUCGCUCUUCUCCUCAUGGUCCGAGGUAAACCUCGAAGAGGAAAAGUAAGUCAUAGGCCAUUUAUCAAAACCAGAGGUCGUCGUCCUUCGCCAAGGAUAACUCUCCUUUUCGGCAACAGGGUUAGUUCGAAUAUUUUUAUUUUGAAAAUUGUUGGUUUCCCUGACGCAUUUUCUCUUUCAUCGAAUUAAUGAACCGUUGAAAGCACUGAACGCAUUUUGAUUUCAAGUAGUAUUGUUUAAUUCAUACGGCGAAAUUUACAACUGUCGAAAAAUUUAGAAAAUUCUCAAUGAAAUGUGGUGUUCACUAAUUUGUUUGAUAGAUUGAUCUUACGGAAGACAGGAGUUGCUCGAAAACUUUACAAAACCUUAUUGUUUAUGAAAUGUGUAAGCAAACAAUCCCUGUUCCCUUAAGUUUAUUUGUUUUCAAAUCUAAUAUUCAUGAUAUAUUAGCUUGCUUUUUCUGUAUAUGCGAAUAUGGUCAUCAAGAUCCUAUCUCCUUCCAAGAAAAUAGACGGCUUGAUCGCCGUCAAAUAAUUACGUAUGUUUUUAUUUGUGAUUAGUUAGUAAAGGCAGUCAAAGAAAGUUCGAAUUUCCGUUUUGCGGUUUUAAAAUUUGCAUCUCUUGUCGACUCGUAAAUACUGUGGAAGACAUGUCGACGCGAUCAGGCGAUUUCACUAAGUCACCACAUGAUUCGGUUUUACUUUGAAAUUACGUAAAAAAAAUCGAAACGUCACUUUGAAUUUUCUCGAAAAGAUCUCUUCAAUUUAAAGCUAAACAAUGAAACUUUUUAUUGUUUCUCAUUUUUGGCACCAACAAUAAAUUCGCCUUCCACCUGCUGAUAUUAUUCUAAACAUCACGCAGGAAAAGAAAAUUAUCAAUAAAAAUUUAGUGAAGUGUAUGUUCUCGCCGCUUUCAUUGUCAUACAAUCUCUACAGGCCGCACAGAAAUCUUUUUGAGGCGAUCUUUGACUUUCUCACAAUGUGCCUUACAAUAAUUUGUGAACUCUGUUGAUAGGUGCAAAUGUGUUUAUAUUUUUAAAAAGAUAAUCGAAUUCAGACAAUAUUGUAAUUGGACUUUUUGUGGGAGUUCCAAUUGUGGGAAAUAAUUACCUGUUUACACAGUGAAGUCAAAUUGUAUCUACGAAAAAAUUAUAACAAGAAUUUUUCAGUCAGGGUUGAUUUUAUAUGAUGUCAAGCAGCCAUCUUAUGUUUGCCUUGCCAAUCGAUAUCCAAAUUUUGCUCAAAGUUUAUAUUUCACUCAGUCUGCAUUAAUUCUCAAGAGAUUGUCCUAUAUUUUAAGUCCAGUUAAGAUUACACUCACUAAAUGUGAUAAUAAAUAUUCUUUUACCAUGUUUUGACCCAAAGCACCAAAAAUUAUAACCCAGAAGAUAAAUAGACAAUGCCAUAAGGUAUGAUAAAAUAUGCAAUCAAUAUCAUCAGUGUAAAUGCAUGGGUGGACUUACAAGCUGAAUUAUGCAUAAAAUGUGCACAAAAUUGGAUAACAUUUACUGGAAAACACAGUACAUGCUACUUAAGGUUGUGGUCUGUUCUUAGUUAUAACCUUUACUGAUGAACAUCUCAUAAACUGAUCCUGAAAUAAUAAAAGCCAACAUGAAGCUUGAAAUUUAUUCUCUAAGGAAUGAAUUAAUCAGCUGUAAUUUGAAUUUUUGUGAUACGAAUUGAUGUGUUUAGAACUUUCAAGAAUUAUCAUGUUAUUGUGUUAAGGGCAUCUUUAAAAUUUGAACUCAUAAAAUGGGCUAAAUGGUUGAAAAAUGAAAAAUUCUGAUUUCAAGAGUUUUCUGCCUUUGUUAAACCCAACUUUAUAAGCUUUCUAGUGGUUGCUUUUGCAUCCCAUAAAGGGAAAUUAAUUUGGCACAAAUAGGUACAUGUAAUGUCAGUUGAUGCUAAUCUUUCCAAAUCUCAUCAAAGCUUAAUCAAGUUUUGGGGACAUACAUUACCCUUCCUCUUGUCCCAACUUCUGCCCUCAGCAGUUAGCAAAAGUCCAUCAAAAUGCAAGCUCUCUUUCGACCCUCUUUAUUUUGAACUUUAAUUUAGUACAGGUAGCUGUCAAAUGUAUUAAUUUAAUCACUUGAAAAUAUUAGCUGAGCUGAUUACCUCAGUCUGUAGCCUUUUUAUUUUUAAUUCUCUACAGUCAAUUCCCACUAUGUGGUCACUGCUUCCUGUGGGGCAGAAAUUGUGGUUUGUUAUUUUUCAUUUUGAGAGCCAUGCCAUGGUCUUAACAAGAAUAACAGAAACAAUGCCUUUGUUGUUACUCAUUGUUUUUCAUUUUUAUCUUGAGCUUAAGAAAAUAAGUAAUUAUGUAAACCUACUCAGAGCUUUAUUAAGUACUUAUCAUGUCACGAAACAGCUGAACAAAAGCUAAGAUGCUAAUGCUUGUUCAUCUUAGAAUAAUCAGAGGCAAUUUCCAGCUGUUUUAUAUAGUCAAUAGGAUGAAAUGUAAACAAUACAAAUUUUAAUGACUCAGAGUCAAUGUUAAGUUAAAAAAUUUCUUAAAAAUUAACAAUAACUAAAUUCUAUUUGGCGACGAAGCUUAAGAAAAGAAACAGUUCUUGAUUUUGCAUCUGAUACUUGAAAAAAAACAAGAAAGAAUUUCAGCCCUAAGAUAGCUUGUGUUCAGACUUAGAUAUUUAUAAUAAAACUAGUGAUGACUUAAAAGUACAAUUUAAGUUUGAAUUGCUCUUGCAUGGACAAUAGUACAAUUUUGAAUUGAGUAUCAAGAGUAAUACAGGAUCAUGUUGCUUUUGUUUUAUUUCACCAUGUGAUUAUUGCUUUUGUUUAACUCUUUGAUUCCCAAGAUCUGUUUGUUAGCUCUCCCCUCUAGCUGUUACAAAUUUCCUUGUGAACAUGUUACAAGAAUUUGGUGUUAGAUCAAGAAAACAAUCUCUACCUGAAAAGUUUGAGUAUUCCCAUUACCUGUUUGCUGGAUAACAGAUGCAUAUCAUUGGGAGAAGUUACCUUUUAAUCACUUCUGGGAGUUAAUAGGCUAAGAAAACUGGUGCCACACUCUCAACCAAUCAGAUGGAAAACAUAAAAUAUCUUUAUCUUGGCCACUUGCCUCUUCACACCCUCUUGGCAGUUUGCUUUUAAGUUACUUUGGGUUCUCACAUGUUCCUUGUAAUAUUUCCCUUUGUUAAAUUGACUCAGGCUGAUAUGAUCUUGGUUUUGCAACGCUCAAUUUAGAAGCCCUUUUGCAGUCCUCUGCAGAAGUACUGCAAAUUACAAAUACAUGGAUGUGAUACAGUUGAAGUUGACUGAGUUUGUAGCAUUGCCAAUGACUUGUUUUUCCAGUUUUGUCUGGAUUUAACCUUUCCAAAAAUUGAAUAAGAAAGAAUGACGUUGUGCUUUUUGAGUUUUCUGUAUACCCCUCCCUUCCAGUAUUGCCAUUAAGGAAUUUCUCACAACAAUAUUGAUCUAUUGCCAAGUAGAAAGGUGAUGAGGAGAUUAAUUAGUAUAUAUUACUUUAUUUAACCCUUUCACUCCCAAGAUCUAAGUGUCAAUUUCUUUGCAGUGUUCUAGUUCUGAAAAUUUGAUGUUAAUUCAAGCAAUAUGUUCAGUUGUUACUUAACUUUCUUCUCAUCACGUUCAUGCUUUUGAAUGUACUAGUAAUUUGUAAGAAACAGUUCCUCUCUAAUUACCCCUGGGAGUGUUAACUCAGAGUGUUAACUCAAAAUCCCCCUAACAGCAAUUUUGGGAGUGGGAUGAUUUAGUUAAAAAAAAAUAAUUUGGCUUAAAGUAGAUUGUGUUUAGUGUUAAUUCUCUGCCUCAUAACCAGUAGAUGAGUGAAGAUUUGCUGACUGUUCAAACCUUGCUAAGUAAGCUAACAAUGUUUGGUGCCUGCCCGCUCUGAAAAAAGAACCCUGCACUAACAUUAAGACAAAAAAUCAACACACCUCCAAGAACUUGCUCUUGCAGUUGCAAAUUAGUUCAUUAGAACAUUAGAAUUUGGUACAAAAUUCCAUGCAUGGCAAAAUGAAGAAAAAAAUUUUUUACAGAAGAUAGAAUUUGAUUCUUCGUAUGUUAUCAAUUAUGCCUCAUAUUUGAUUGUUUUUGUGACCAGGAAUUUCCAAAUGGCCUGACAUUCACUCCCAAAAAUUCUUCAAGUCAACCACCGCUGUCAAUUAGAUCUUCUCCUUUCAAAACAAGACAUGUUAGUAAUAUCCCAGAAAAGUGUUGUGGAAACCGCACAUGGCCAGAUGUCUUGACCUCUGCCAAUCACAGCCUGAAGCAAAAAGUUCCUCAGCCGAAAAAGAAAAAAUCCAUGAAGGAGAAAAAUAUGAAACCAAGAGUGUUGUUUGCAUCUCAAUCUGUCCAUGAAAAGCAGGUUGGUUCUGAGGAAGAUAAAGCUGAACUCAUUCUACAGGACAGGCUGAAACGCAGGGAUAAUGGACAUAUUGAACAAGCUAAGACUAGCGGUUUGUGUGAACCAGACCCAUCUUUGUCUUCAAAUGUCAAGGAAAGUUGUGGGCAUGCAGACAGUCUGGGUAAAUCAAUUUCUCCAUUGAAUACUAAAAUCCCAUCAGAUGAUGGACAAGUUUCUCACAACAGCUCAUCAAGCACAGUAAAUAAUGAACAUUUGCCUAAGGUUGAGGCAAAAAUUGAUACAACUAGGCUGUCUGCAGAUGUACCUAAAACAGGAAAGCCCUAUGAAGUUAAAUGGGAUGAACAAAUUAAACAAGCUAAGACUGGUGUUUUGUGUGAGCCAGACCCAUCUUUAUCAUUAAAUGGCAAGGAAAGGUGCAGGCAUGUACAUAGUCAGGGUAAAUCAAUUUCUCCAUCAAAUACAAAGGUUUUACUGGGAGAUGGACAAGUUGCUCAAAACAGAUCAACAAGCACAAGAAAUAGUGAACUUUCACUUAAGGUUGAGGCAAAAAUUGAUACAACUAUGCUGUCUGCAGAUGUAACUAAAACAGGAAAGCCCUAUGAAGUUAAAUGGGAUGAACAAAUCAAACAAGCUAAGACUGGUGUUUUGUGUGAGCCACACCCAUCUUUAUCAUUAAAUAGCAAGGAAAGGUGCAGGCAUGUACAUAGUCAGGGUAAAUCAAUUUCUCCAUCAAAUACAAAGGUUUUACUGGGAGAUGGACAAGUUUUUCAAAACAGAUCAGCAAGCAAAAGAAAUAGUGAACUUUCACCUGAGCUUAAUUCAAAAGUUGGUACAAUUUGCUUGCCUGUAGAUGUAACUAAAAGAGAAAAGCCCUAUCAAGUUAAAUGGGAUGCAAAAAUUUCCAGAACCCCUUGUGAACGAUUUUCAUAUUUUUUAACUCUGAGAGAUGUAGAGACUAAUUCACAUGUAUCUUCAGAACAUGGCUCAUCAUUUGUAACUUUUCUGCCCAUUGGAGGUCACACCUGCAGGCAAGGUCAAAGUCAGGAAAAUUUGUCAUCAACAACAACAACAACAAAUACAAGUUUAUGCCAAACUCUGCAGACUAAUGAUUGUCAUACAGAUAAGGUAGAGCACAAAGUUCCUGAAUCUUCCCAAAACACUUCUGCACCUGAUAACCGGGAAGUUGAUGAAAUUGAAUUGAUGGAUCUGUCUUGGGACAAUUCUGAUUGUUUUAGUGGAAACAGUGCAGGGUCCAGAGAAUCUAGCCCACUGGAACUUAUUAAGGAAGUGAGUUGUUCAUCUGACAACAGCAUUGGUAAGAGUGAACGUAAAAUGCGAUCAUCCAGGAAAAAGGCUGUAAAAUCUCACAAGAGAGAGGUGGUUAACUUUCACUGUAACAAUUGUGAUGUCAGUAACGAUGCUGCACAUUUGUCCAAGACACAAUCAUCCACAGAGAAGAAUGGAAAAUUUCUCAUCCAGAAGCCAUUGACCUGUAACCAUAAGAACUCUGAUGCCAAUGAUGUUGUUGCUCAGGCAUCAAAGUCUGAAGUGCAUUGUAUACUGUGUGGUAUCAGAUUGUCUAAACCACAAUGUUUUUAUAGUUUGGGUUCCCUGUGCACUGAUGAUGACAUUUGUGAAACUACCUCAGAUGAUAUUAAUCGACAUCUUGUAAGUGAUGUUGACACAAACCCUCCAGCAGGGGAAGGUAAAGGUCACCCUGACACAGGAUACACCAGCAGCGAAGAACUUGAAAAUGAAAGUGUCUUGCCAAAAGAGGUGGAGGCAAUUCUUACUCACAAAAGACGUAGGACAGAUGGUUAUGAUGGUGAUCAUGAGAGUGACAGCAGUUUUGAAUCUUUUGUCUUUACAUUGUCUUCAAGUGAAGAUGAGCGAGAAGCAGUUUCAGUCAAGGAAUGUGAAACAGGAAACAAAUAAGAGACAGGAGAUGGCAAUAUCACAGACUAUAGAAAAGGUAUGCAUGCUAUGUUUAAAGUUUUGAGUACACCUGUAACUGCACAUCUUGUGGCCACAAGAAUUUUUCCAUUCAGACAAGGUUUUUUAUAUUUUUGUCCAAACUUGAACCUUUUACACCCUAAAAUCAGUAUGCAUAUUAUCCACACUGUUCUUUAUGUCAUUUCCUAAUGUGCUGACAAGGAGAAUUUGUUUUGUAAUCCAAAGGUUCCUUCCCUGAUGAUCAUUUCUGUUAUUGUCAUAACCUUAAUGUGUGAUUCAGGAGUGAUAUCACAGGGAGAAAUUAGAUGCUGGUCACUCUAAGGGUUUAAAGGGUUAAUGGAGGAGGAGGUUCAAAGGAAGUGUUGGAAAUGAAAAUAUUAUCGAGUACAGUAAUUGUACAGCACAACUGCUUUUGAAUCUACUCUCUUGUCUGUACAGAUGGACUCAAAGUGAAACUAUGAUAAACUGUCUAUAACCCACUUGUAGCUUUUUGUCAUAAAAUUAAAAAACAUUCCUUAAACAUCCAUGCAGUUAUCCUGGUUUGAACCAAGCAGCCAGUCUAAGUAUGAAGGUCAAUGACUCCUUUGAUUAUUCUGUUCAAAAGGUUUUGACAUGUGCAAAAGUCAUUUCCUUCUGCGCAAGGUAUUCAAUUAUUUUUACUUUCUAGCACAUGACUUCAAAGUUUGUGAACCAAAUCUUCCAUUUUACUGGAAAUUUUUCCAAAGACUAAUAAUAAACUGUUUUAUUGCAUGGAAAGUUCCCUAUGAUUAUAGUUAGGUUGGAAUUAGGCUAAUAUUAUAAGACAUUUUUGUAUUCUAUGCAACAUUCGUAGAAAAGCUUCUUCCCACUAUGACUAUUUUUCAAUUUUGGUGUUAUCAAUAAGAUUAUGAUGCUAGCUGACUCUUCAUCAUUCUGGUCAAUCAUGAGCUGAAGACUUCCUCCUGGCAACUGAAUGAACAUUCAUAUGAAGUAUACUGUGAAAUACAUGAAAAGAAUCCCUCUUUUUGCUCUAAAUUUUAAAACACACGAAACUUAUAAAGAACUCCUGUUAUCUCUAAAAAUUUUACUUAAUCUAACCUUGUCUCUGUCAGUAUAAGAGAAGGUCAGUUGAGAGAAUUUGAAGUUAAUAUCCAAAUGAAACUUUUUUUGCUAAUAAGUUUAUCAAUUCUCAUCACCUGUUGAAAUUGUAAAGAGAAACUACCUGUUAAUCAGUGGUGCCUACAUAAUUUUAACUGUGCUGAUGAGGAAGGAAUGUUCUUACAUUAUGGUUUUUAAUUCUUGUUUUUUUCCUUUUUUUUCCCUUGAGGUCCAGAAAUUAAUUGCAAAAGCUCCAGCUGAAAAAGAGUGAAUUAAUCACUAAGACAACAGGGUGAACUGGAGCAGGUAAACAAUAUCUCCCCUCUUUGUCUGGUAUCUGGUGGCAGUUUAAGUAGCAAGGGUGGCCUUCAGAUGACAUGUGACAUGGUUACUCUUGGAUUACACAUGUACAUUUAUGGUUGCAAAAGAGCUACAGCUGUUUUAAGCUACUCUGUUAUGGUAUAACUUUGAGAAUUGUAAAUCAAUACAAAAUUCUUAAAUAAGUCCUUACUUUUCAAAAAAUUUAGGGGAUUGAAUUAUGGAGUUUACAAUGGUGGCAGAAAGUGAGACUAACUCUAUUGCUUUCUAUACCCAUUGUUCUAUCUCCUACUGAGAGAAAAAGCAAAUAUUUCUAAGAGAUGUAGCUUGGGAGCUGAUAAAUAUUUUGGUGUUUGCUAUGAAUGACACAAUUCAUUUCUUAAUUAGCAAUUGAUUUGGAAUAAAAUACUGUAGAUUGGUGUCACACCCAAAGGUUGAGAUUCUGGUUUCAGCUCUUACAUUGUGUCAUUGUUUUAAUAAUUCUUGAUUAUUAGUGUAAUUAUUUCUUUUAUAUAUUAAUUUUUUUAUACUUGGUAAUCAAUCUCUGUCAGUCAUUCUUGGUUGGCUUUUCUCUAUAGCAUUUGACUUCUUGGAUGGUUAACUUACUAUCAUUUUUUAUUCAAAGUAAGUCAAUUUUUGUGUAACUUACAUGAGAAUUGUAAAAGAGAAUUUGUCAGGUCUCAAGUUUUCCUUUUCAUAAGGCAAAGGUUUUAUGCUUCUCGGAAAAUUACUCAUGAAGAACUUUCUAAUGGCAUUUAUGUGUUUAGGCAUUAUAAAUGGAUAUCCUGAUCAACCAAAUCCCUCUCUUUCUUUUGUUAGGUGAAAUGUGCCUGCAUUGAUAUACCACUAUUCAAGUUGUCCACCUUUCUCAUUUGUGAAAAGAAGGCUGUGGCAUGAGUUACCUUUCAAUAGUUGGGGUACCUAAGGACAUUCCUGAUGUUAAAUUAGCUGCUAAAGGUCACAGACACCAUAAUAUUGUAAUGUGGGAGAAACAAAUGUCAACUACCAUGUCUCUUGAUUUGUCAUGAAUUGGAUCUUUCAUUCAAGGGACAUCUGCAGAACUACAAAUUGCCAUGCUGGUUGUCUUCAUUGCCUUCCUCACUUCUUACGCUCUUCACUUCUGUCCACUGUGGUGUCAAUCUGCGGUGAGGGUGACUGUCUGUUUUAUAGGUAAAGAAGACUAGCUGAUUCAUGAUUUCACUGAAAUGUUCAUCCAAUGUUCUGUUUUUCAGGAUCAAUGUCAGUAUCUGAGCCACUUCACUGAUAACAAGUUAGGGUUAAUGUUGGGGAAAGGGAAGGGUAGGUGCACAGUUGCUCAGUUACUCACAUUGAGGUGAAUAUUGAUCCGUUUUUUGCAUAUGCAGGUAGAAAUUGUUUAGUUUUGUCUUUAACUGAGAUUGAAAAAUUCCAUGAUGACCUCGCAAGCUCUCUGACUUCUUGUAUUUAUUGGUGUCAUUCAUGCUGGUAUGAGUCUAAGCUUUUUCCAUAUUGUGUUUUUAUCCAUCUUCUCUUAUCCUCUCUGCACCCUUAAAUGAAGGCCAUGUCUUUUCCAUCGAGUAGAUGUGUCAACUGAAUACUUGCCUCCUGAUAUAUUUUUAUUUUCUAUCUCUUUUUAGCAAUAAAUCUCCUGGUGUCAUCUGAUAUCUAAUGUUCUCUGCGUGUACCUCUUCUACGACCUAUCACUGUUUCAGUGCAAUCCCUGACUGUCGUUUUAAUGUUGCUUUCACACUUUUACACCCACAUUAUUCUGUGAAGCUUCAAAGCUCUUGGAACGCUCUACUCAGAAUUUUCGGAUCAAUAUCAGUAUCUGGGCAACGGCCCACAUACCCCUCGGUUAGGGAAGGGUUAGGUGGGCAGUUGCCCAGAUACUGAUAUUGAUCCGAAUUUUCCUGGUUGGUCUGUGUCCGUCUGUAACAUUCCACGUAUUCUUGUGAAUGCCCAUGUCUUCAAAGAAUGUAUUGCCAGCAAUAAGUUGUGUGGUGCCUCCAGCACCAUGAGGACCGAUUCUGCUAUUUGAACCUUGCUGAUUUUCAUCAACUUGUGCUUUGAAAUCAACCGUAAUCACUUUCACAUCAUGAGUAGGGGUUUCCAUUCAAUAUUACCUAUAGCUGAAGUAGAAUUUAUCUUUCUCCUCUGUGUCGGUUACCUCAGUUGAUGCGUAAGCUUGAACUACACUUACUUUGGCAAGUGAUUACCAGAAUCUUGCAGUUGCGAAGCGAUUGUUGGUUGAUUUUCAGUCCAUCGGCUCUUGUGUAGCGACUUUAAUGAAGAACAGGCCUCCCACCCUUCACAUGAUAUUUGCUGUCUUCGAAGCUAAGUGCUGUAAGGUUGACCUGGUCCCUCCAUAUUAUUUCCCCAAUGCCUAGCACAUUCAGAUCACAUGUCUUCAUCUCUUUUAUGCCUUGAGCUGACUUUCCGCAUUGGUAGAACUCCUCAAAUUCGUGGCUACUUUUGUCACACUUUUAGUACUAAAGAUUGAGUGUGUCCGGUAUCUGAGUUCAUAUUGGAACUCAUCUGCCACGAUCAUAGAUGCAACUUACUGAACCCCGUCACUUCACCGCUGGUUCCAUAGUCGCUGGGUGCCACGCUUUUUCUUCUCGCUAUUUCCCUAACGAUGUUGUUUUACAUGGUGAGGUCGCUACCCUUACGUCCGAUCCUCUUCUUUUCUCAGUUGGGCUUAAGAUCAGAAAUGGCAUUGUGACUUUAGUGAUGGCUUCAGGUGUAUAAAUGUAGAAAACCUUCGCUAAUUAAUUCAAUAUAUUUUUUUUAGUAAUGAGAUCUUUUUGUUUUCUGAGACGCUGUGUUUUCUAUAUUUGAUUCAAAACACAAAGGUUAUUUAAAGGGGAAGUUUAACAUAGCUGUGUUGAUGUUUGGCUAGCUUUUUAAUUACUCGUCACCAAAGUUGUCCCGCUUACUAGUAGGAGGUAAUAAAAAUAUUUAUCAUAACUAUUAUUUUAGCUUAAUUAUUUAAAUUGUGGUCGUAAAAGUGGUCCAUCCUUAAAAGGGGACCACAUUGUUUAGAGAAUUCUGAAUUGAGAUAUCACCUAUUAAACUUACCAAAUUUUUUUAUGUAAAUUUUCAUAUACUAUUGUGACUUAUUUUGUUAAACAAAUAAUUGCCUGUUUAAGAUGCUUUUAGAAUGUUCCGUAAGAGUUUGUGGACAAAAGACAACGUAAAUUAACCAUACAUGAAUUAUUGUAAGCCUAGGAACUGCAUAGGUGAAUUGUAAAGAAAUAACUUAUAGAAAAGUAUAUUUAAGAUUAAAAGUAAGAUUAUUAACGUUAAAUUUAAAGCUACAGAUUCAAAGCUAAGUCCUUUGAAGAAAAACAACAAAUAUAUCUACAUAUAUAUAUAUUGAGAAUUCGCUACGCUGAAGCCUCACCCUCAAGGAGAGUGAGAAGUAAAAGGUUUUAUAGAACUAUUUUAAGGUCUUAGAUAUUUCAUAAGCAGUAAGGUCUGUCCUAAGGCGUGCACGAGGUUUCAUUUAACUUUCACACAUUUAGUAACUUGAUCUACUGUUAAACAGGAAUGGUUUUUUAUUUAAUGCGUUUAUUUAUGUUGAGCGUAGCUUUUUAGGCUUAUUUAAGAUUUCACACACGUUCAUAUUUGGUAUUCAAAUUUUUAGGGGUUUUCUACUGUGAGUUGCGGGGUUUUGGAGUAUUUUUUAUGAAAUAGAUCCUCAGAAACGUAACGAGUUACCC